ACCUUAAUGAACCAGAGAUUAAGCUUCAAACUAUGGCUUCCAAACUCCUCUUUCUCCUCUGCUUCCUCAUUCUCCCCCCCAAACUGAGCUGCUCCUCAAACCCACAAACAUGGGUAAGAGCCGGUUACUGGAAUGCCAAUGCCAAAGCCGAACUCUCCGUCUCCGAUAUAAAAUCUGCUCUUUUCACUCACCUUAUAUGCUCUUUCGCUUUUGUAGAUUCAACCACUUUCCUGCUUAAAAUCAAUUCCUCAGAUGAUCCAUCCUUCUCAACCUUCUCUGGCAUUGUAAGGAGAAGAAAUCCUUCAAUCACAACACUUCUAUCCAUUUGGGUCGGCAAGAAUGAGGCUCCAACCUUCGCUGGGUUGGUAGAUCGAUCUUCCAAACGAAAGGCUUUCAUCGAUUCUUCGAUAAAAACAGCUAGGGAUUAUGGGUUUGAUGGGUUUGAUCUUUGUGGGGUUAUGCCGGGGUCAAGCACCAACAUGACCAAUUUGGGAACCCUUUUGGCGGAAUGGCGGGAAGCUGUAGCUUCCGAGUCGAGAAACUCCGGUAAGUCACCGUUGCUUCUGGUAAUGUCCAGUCAUCGAGUGCCGCGGCUUGACUCAGUGAGUUACCCAAUUGAGUCCAUGAAUAGCAACUUGGAUUGGGUACAUAUUAAUGCAUAUGAUUACUAUGUACCCACUGUGGAUAAUUUUACAGCUGCUCAUGCUGCUUUGUAUGCCCCACCGGGGACGGCUAAUACCGACGAGGGUAUAAGGGAAUGGUUGAACAGUGGAAUUUCUGCUUCAAAGCUGGUUUUGGGUUUGCCUUACCAUGGCUAUGCAUGGGAACUUGCAGACCCUGGUCAUGACAGUGGUUUUGGUUCACCAGCUUCAGGACCUGCUAUCACAAUGGAUGGCUCCAUAGGCUAUAAGAUAAUCAAAUCGGUUGGAGUAAAUCCAGUGUAUAAUUCUACUUAUGUGGUGAGUUACUACAAAGUUGGAUCAAAUUGGAUCAAUUUUGAUGAUGUGGAAGCUAUUAAAGCUAAGGUUUCUUACGCCAAGGCAAAAGGGCUACUUGGUUACUGCGUGUUUCAACUUGCAAAUGAUUACAAUUGGGUGCUUUCUCAAGCCGCAGCUCAAGGAAGUCACAGAGAUCAGUUUAUCAAAAAGCAUUUAUUGGUAAUUAUCCUGGUUAUUGUUGUCAUAGUAAUUUUACUGACGGGAGCAUUCCUCUAUUACCUGGAGAUGAGAAUAUUCAAGUUUAAAGGAAUCAUGUUUGUUGUGAAAAAGACACUUUCUAAGUUAGGAGACAAAAUAUCAGCUGAUGCUGAUGUGGACAACGGUCAUAAUUCUCCCAAUCUUCAAGUAUUCAGUUUUGCUAGCAUUAAAGCAGCUACAAAUGACUUCUCAAGUAAGAAUAAGCUUGGGGAGGGUGGAUUUGGACCUGUGUACAAGGGUAAAUUACCAAAUGAGCAGGACAUAGCAGUGAAGAGACUGUCAAAAACUUCUAAUCAGGGACUUGAGGAGUUCAAAAAUGAGGUGACACUUACUGCAGGGCUUCAACAUGUGAAUCUGGUCCGAGUUCUAGGAAUUUGCACUGAGAGGGAAGAGAAGAUGCUGGUUUAUGAGUACAUGCCAAAUGGAAGCUUGGAUUUCUAUCUCUUUGAUCCAGCCAGAAGGAAUCUCUUAGAUUGGAAGAAACGUGUCCAAAUUAUUGAAGGGGUUACACAAGGGCUUCUAUAUCUCCAAGAAUACUCAAAUUUCACGAUAAUUCAUCGUGACCUUAAGGCUAGCAACAUUUUAUUGGAUGGCAACAUGAAUUCUAAGAUAUCAGAUUUUGGUGUUGCUAGACUUUUCAGAAAAGAUGUUCUUGAAGCAAAUACAAGUCGAAUUGUUGGCACAUAUGGUUUUGUUCCUCCAGAGUAUGUCAAGAGAGGAAUAUACUCCAUGAAGUAUGAUGUGUAUAGUUUUGGAGUACUGCUUCUGCAAAUCAUAAGUGGCAAGAGGACUAGCAAUUAUUAUGGAUGCAAUGAAAACUUGAACCUUCUAGAAUAUGCAUAUGAAUUGUGGAAAGAAGGUCAAGGAUUAGAGUUUUUUGACCCAUCAUUGGAUGACUCGUUCUCAUCUUGUAAGCUCAUGAGAUGCAUGCAAGUAGCAUUGUUAUGUGUCCAAGAAAAUUCAGCAGAUAGACCAUCCAUGUUGGAAGUUUCCACAAUGCUCAAAAAUGAAGUUUUGGGAAUCAAUGCUCCUAAGCAGCCUGCAUUUUCAAUUAACAAAGAUAGAGAUAAAGAAAAUCAAUCUCUUUCCAGAGAGACACUUCUUUCAGCAAAUGAUGUAACAAUUACUCAAUUGGUACCUCGAUGACAGAGUGGGCAUCUGGAAAGGGAAUCAUAUUGUGGAGAGAAAAUGUGGUUAUUAUCUGGUUUCCUUUUGGUUUUUGCUUUAUACUUUCCUCCACAAAGAAACAGAAGUUUUCUGCUACUGAAAAAUCAGAACAACACAAGCUUGCACUGCCGUUAUUUAUGUUGCUAAUAUGGGAAUUGGUUGUUUGACUAGUAUUAGGAGAUAUAGAAAGGAUAUCAACUUUUCAGAGUGAGGUGUAUAGAAGCUAAGGAGAACAGGGGAAACUAUCUCAGAAAGUAUGUCAAAAUUUUUGAAGUUUGUGCUGAGUAGGUUUUAGAUUGGGAGUGUAUUGCACAAUGUAAUUCAUUAUAAUUCAGUUUCUGUGCAAGGGUUGAAGUACCCUUAUACUCACUGAAAUAUAACAUCCUUUUGCUGCUCGAAAAAAUUAAGAAUGAAAAGAAAGGCUAACAGCUUAAAUAGGGUACUCUGAGAACUGUUAUUUGUAGUAAUGAUCUGUUAUGGUUAUUGCUGUGUCUUUUUCUGCUGUCUUGACCAGGUGUGUUCAUCUUUCUUGUGCUGGAUAAGGCUGAAUGUGAAUUGGAAAAUAUUGGAGGGCGUUUAUGCAAUAGCAAAAGGCUUCAUACUUUCAUGAUCAAACAAACAGCUUUUUCAGAGCUUUUCAGCAAAUUUCUCUUCAUAAGGCCUCACCACACCAAGUGCAGAAUUGUUUGGUCUCUUUUCAUUGCCGGUCAAUUAAACAGCAUGAUUUUUC